GAUUAUUUUUAUUGUUGUAUCAUCCAGCCACUUCCUGUUUCACAGAAAUGUCAAGGUGAUUCACAUUGCAGUGAAAACCAAAAAAAAAAAAAAAAAAAGAAUAGCUGACCCCUUUUCAGUGCCUAUGUGAAAAUACAAAUGAUAAGUUACGUUUUUCAGAGGCACAGCAACAUGGCAUAGGCCACUUGUUGCCAUGUGAACCAUCCCCACCAAAUCAGCCAGCCCAGGGGGAGCUGUAAUUGAGCUGUGCAUGACUGAGCUGCUGUGGGGUGCUCUAUCACCCAGAAAAGAGCCUAACUACAGCCAUGUCAUCAGUGCCACAAGGAGGGACCAAUUUGGACUGGCUCACAUGAAACUGUGAUUCCCUUCCCUCCCCCUCCCCCUCCUCCUUUCCCUCCUUUCUCUUCCCUGACUCCAUGCUCUGUUGCCCAGGCUGGAGUGCAGUGGCAGGAUCUCCACUCACUGCAACCUCCGCCUCCCAGUUCAAGCAAUUCCCGUCUCAGCCUCAUGAGUAGCUGGAACUACAGGCUCGCACCACCAUGCCCAGCUAGUUUUUGUAUUUUUAGUAGAGACGGGGUUUCACUAUGUUGGCCAGCUGGUCUCGAACUCCUGACCUCAAGUGAUCUGCCAGUCUUGACCUCUCAAAGUGCUGGGAUUAAAGUUGUGAGCCACCAUGCCUGGCUGAAGGUGUGAUAUAUUGUCGGCAAGGGAAGGGUGUGAAAGAGCCCAAGCCCAUUGCUCCACAGACACUGGCCUGUCCACUGUGACUGCUGCAAAUAGGUUUUACCACCAACACCUGUGAGCACCUUCUAUGUCAAGGACUGUGAAGCAUCUGAGAUCUUACCCACUUGCAAGCUACCAAGGUAGCCCGUCAGGUUCAAGAAUGCUGGCAGAAUACAGGAGAGUCCUGGGUCAGAGACAAAGGACUUGAUCGCUGUGCAGCAAACAGCAUGAGCACCAGCAUAUUUCCGUUAGUUCCUUUUGACCCUAAGUCCCAUGGGGGUGAUGCUGAUGGGCUCAGGCAAGUGUGGGCACACACAGUGAAUUACAUUGUGGGAGAGGAUCCUAAGCUUAGGAAACUCAAAGCCAGUAAGCAUGGCUGUCCUUUGCUCUGGAGGGAGACACUAUCUCCAUCUUCCAUAGCUGUUCCCUAGAUAAACAUCUUUGAAACUGGCGCGGUGGCUCAGGCCUGUAAUCCUACCACUUUGGGAGGCUGAGGCGGGCAGAUCACCUGAAGUCGGGAGCUUGAGACUAGUCUGGCCAACAUGGUGAAACACCGUCUCUACUAGAAAUAAAAAUUUAAAAAAUUGGCUGGGCGCGGUGGCUCAUUCCUAUAAUCCCAGCACUUUGGGAGGCCGAGAUGGGCGGAUCACGAGGUCAGGAGAUCGAGACCAUCGUGGCUAACACAGUGAAAUCCUGUCUCUACUAAAAAUGCAAAAAAAAUUAAUCGGGCAUGGUGGCAGGCGCCUGUAGUCCCAGCUACUUGGGAGGCUGAGGCAGGAGAAUGGCGUGAAUCCAGGAGGCAGAGCUUGCAGUGAGCCGAGAUCGCACCAUUGCACUCCAGCCUGGGCAACAGAGCAAGAUUCCGUCUCAAAAAAAAAAAAAAAAAAUUAGCCAGCUGUGGUGGCGCAUGCCUGUAAUCCCACUCCAGUGGGUGAGGCACAAGAAUCGCUUGAACCUGGAAGGUGGAGGUGGCAGUGAGCCGAGAAUUGCGCCACUUCACUCCAGGUUGGGUGACAGAGACUCCAUCUCAAAAAACAAACAAGCAACAAAUAGGCAUAAGUGGCCCCAUUUUUAUUUUGAGUCAGGGUCUCGCUCUGUCACCCAGGUUGCAAUGCAGAAGCCUGAUCAUGGCCCACUGCAGCCUGGAUCUCCUGGGCUGGGAGCAAUCCUCCCACUCAGCCUCCUGAGUAGCUGGGACUACAAGUGCAUGCUACUGCACCAGCUAAUUUAAAAAAUACAUAUAUUUUUUAGAGAUGGGUUCUUACUAUGCUGUCCAGGCUGGUCUCAAGCAAUCCUCCUGCAUGUCCUCCCAGAGUGCUGAGAUUAUAGGUGUGAGCCACCGCACCUGGUCUACUGGCCCUGUUUUACAGAUGAGAAAUUGAAGUCCACAGCGAUGAAGUAAACUACUCCAGGUGAUACAGUAAAUAGAUCCAGGAUCAAACCCAGGCCUGCCUCAUUCCAGUUCUGCGUCUUGUCCACCCUACAGUGGAACUUAAGAUGGUGAGAGGCCCUGAGAGGAGAAAAGGGACAAGAGUCCUCUUGAGCAGUGGGAGAAAAGGGAUGCAGGAAGGAUGGGAGAUGUGUGUGCAUCUCUCUAUGUGUUGUCUGGAUUUGGGGGGUCAAGGACCAGAUUUAUAGGACCUUGGAGACCAUAACAAGGACUUUGGAUUUUUGUCUAAGUGUGAUGGGAGAUGCCAAAUGGCUUUUUUUUUUUUUUUAGAUAGAGUCUCACUCUGUUGCCCAGGCUGGAGUGCAGUGGUGUGAUCUCGGCUCACUGCAACUUCUGCCUCCCGGUUCAAGCAAUUCUCCUGGUUCAGCCUCCCUAGUAGCUGGGAUUACGGGCGCCCGCCACCACAUCUGGCUAAUUUUUGUAUUUUUAGUAGAGAAGGGGUUUCACUAUGUUGGCCAGGCUGGUCUUGAACUCCUGAUCUCAAGACAUCUGCCCGCCUCGGCCUCCCAAUGUGCUGGGGUUACAGGCGUGAGCCACAGUAUCGGGCAGCCAGAUGGUUUUUAGUACAAGAACGACACUGUAUUUUAAAAUAAUUAUUCAGUUUCCUGCUUAUGUGGGGAUAUAUAAGGUUGUCAUGAGGAGUAAAUUGGAGAGAUUAAGUGAGAGGACUCAUGUAAGGCUCUUUGUAGGUGCGAGGCAGAAUAGACAGUUGAGUGGAUAUUGGCCAUGAUGGUGACAUAGUCGGCGCACUGAGGAAUUCAGGGUAGGGCUGGGAGCUGGAGACGGUAAUAACCUGGGGGUCUGUGCAUACAGGCUGGAGUCCAAGACAUGGUUCAGAGACAGUUCCUCUAGUCAGCCUAAGGCUAGGUGCUGUGGCUCUUCGCUGUAAUCCCAGCAUUUUGGGAGGCUGAGGUGUGAGGAUCACUUGAGUCCAGGAGUUGGAGACCAGCCUGGGCAACAUGACGAAACCCCAUCUCUACAAAAAAUACAAACCAAACCAAACAAACACACAAAAAACGGUGGCUCUAUUCAGCCUGAUAGAAACGACUUGUGGUACAGGCCCUAAGUUAGGUACGCUGCUGCCCAAGAGCCUGACUGGUAGAUGGAGAUGUGAAAGGGACACAGGGCUCUCCAGGUAAGCAGGAGGCAGCAAGAAUGACAGUUCCAGGGGUUCUAAGUGGAAGGAAGAGGGGGCCAGGAGGAAGGGACUUCAGGUCAGAUUGAGGGGGCAUGUGCCAUCCGAAAGAGGAGAAUGUCGAUGUAACUGUGAAAGUCCAAGUCCUAGCUGCUUUUCCACUGCCCUGGUGUACAACCUCAGGCCCUGCAGACUGCACAUCUGAGGACCCCUGCCUGCCCUGUCUGGCUUCUCUGAAUCUAAUAUGGGAGAAGAUGCGUUUGAAAAAGAACACGGAAGAGGGAGAGAGAAAAAAAGCACCAAGGUCCAUGUUCAGAGAGCCCUGGUAAUUUUAACUUGCAACUCACCCAAGAAGAGCCUAAUGGUCGCAAGAGUAUGUAGGAAGGCCCCAACCCGACCCGGCCCAGCACGCAGCACCCAAGGGCGGCUGGAAGCGCAAUGCGCGUGCCCAGUACAGCGCUAUUCAGUCUGCAGGCUUUUUGAGGAUUUCAACUUCAAAGAACGGUCGGCUUCGGGGCGAACUUUGCUUCAGUCCCAGGCCUCGGGAGGCAGCGAGGAAACAGACUGGGACACCGAGCAUGCAGAAGGGGAGUGGUCUUGAAAUACGCGGAAAGCGAGAAUGCACCCCUCCUGGCCAGCCUUGCCGGGCGAAGUGAGAAGUACUGAGGCCUGAGAAGGCUCCACGCGUGCGCAAAGGGCCGCUCGCUGUGAUUACUGGGGUGGCGAUGGUUGUGAUGACGCCGCUGCCCCGCCUGCGCCGGAAGGGAAACCCCAGGGGAGGCGGAGGCCAGCGGGGAUUUCUGAAGCCAAGUGGUCCCCUUCAUCCACGACGGACAGGAAGGGCGACCCCCUGAGGCCACUUCCAGGUCUUGCGACCAGAGGAGAGUUACCAAGGAGACGCUCCUCCCGAGGCCUCGCGCGUCGGAAGCUUCUGUCCCCUGGAUUCCGGUUGACGGACGCGUCCCCCGAGCAGGUUCUCGGUAGCAGCCGACACGCCCCACUCCGGGCACAGCGAGGUCUGAGGACCACGCUAAGGCAUCACGUCCGCCCUGAUCCGCGGCCGCUAUGGAACGGGCGGAGCCGCAGCGGAGGGCGCUCCGCUUUGACGUCACUUCCUGUGAGCCCGGCGGUGACAACGGCAACAUGGCCUUGAACGGAGCUGAAGUCGACGACUUCUCCUGGGAGCCCCCGACUGAGGCGGAGACGAAGGUGCUGCAGGCGCGACGGGAGCGGCAAGAUCGCAUCUCCCGGCUCAUGGGCGACUAUCUGCUGCGCGGUUACCGCAUGCUGGGCGAGACGUGUGCGGACUGCGGGACGAUCCUCCUCCAAGACAAACAGCGGAAAAUCUACUGCGUGGCUUGUCAGGAACUCGACUCAGACGUGGAUAAAGAUAAUCCCGCUCUGAAUGCCCAGGCUGCCCUCUCCCAAGCUCGGGAGCACCAGCUGGCCUCAGCCUCAGAGCUCCCCCUGGGCUCUCGACCUGCGCCCCAGCCCCCAGUACCUCGUCCGGAGCACUGUGAGGGAGCUGCAGCAGGACUCAAGGCAGCCCAGGGGCCACCUGCUCCUGCUGUGCCUCCAAAUACAGAUGUCAUGGCCUGCACACAGACAGCCCUCUUGCAGAAGCUGACCUGGGCCUCUGCUGAACUGGGCUCUAGCACCUCCCUGGAGACUAGCAUCCAGCUGUGUGGCCUUAUCCGCGCAUGUGCGGAGGCCCUGCGCAGCCUGCAGCAGCUACAGCACUAAGAGAAGCCCCUGAGAAAAACCCUCUAGAAAAACA